AUGAGUACUGUGUUCUUACAUGUAGGCCAGUGUGGAAAUCAAAUUGGGCAUCAAUUUUGGAAAAUAUUAAAAGAUGAGAUUGAGAUAAACAAUAAUACAGCUUUUAAUCGUUACACAGGGCUAGCUAGAUGUAUUGCUAUUGAUUCUGAGCCUCGAGUUAUUGAAAAGCCUUUUAAUAAAUCAUCUCAUCCUCUGAAUUCAGUUUUAAAUCGAGACCGCUCUAUAAGUACUUCAUCAGGAAGAGGAAAUAACUGAGCCCUUGGCUACUUAGAUGCUCCAGAAAAUGGGACAAAAUUGUCUCAUGCUACAAUGGAAAUGCUUCGGAAAGAAGCUGAGGAUUGUGAUUACUAUCGAGGGACAGUUUUAAUACACAGCUUAGCUGGAGGUACAGGCUCAGGGCUAGGCAGCAAAUUACUUGAAAAAAUUCGUGAUGAAUAUCCUAUCUCUUUCCUUUUAAGUGCAGCAGUUAUAUACCUUUUAUAAUAAAUUAAUUUUUUUCUUCAUUAUUUUAGAUUAAUUUUUAUUCAAUUUAAUAUAAUAUACCUUCAGAAUCUGCAGACACCCCUUUACAGGACUAUAACUCUUGCCUAUCGCUUUCUUAUAUGCAAGAUUACACUGAUGGAAUUAUUUUCUUUGAAAAUGAUGAAGUUUUACGACAAGUUUUAUAUUCAAACAAGCGUGGCUCCAACGCAAGUACACACAAUAUUAAUGAAUGUAUAGCUUAUGCCCUUGCCAAUUUAUUUUAUCCAGAAAGGUUAGGUUAAUUAAAGUCAGGUGUUACGUAUACGGAAGGCUUUACCGCUUUAGACUCCAGCCCAGAGGGUCUAUCCCCGAAGGUGGAUGCAGCUUCCUUUACCUUCUGUCUCUCUCUUCCUUGCGGCCUCAGUCUUGAGUGCUUCCUUAUUGAUUUCUGUGGCCUUAUGGCAGGUAAUUGGAGUAACUUGAAUCUAAGGAUUAGCAUCUUGAGUCUGUUUGGGUAUCGAAGUGCCUUCCUUCUACAACUACAGGAAAAAGACUGCUAACCUGUGGCCUGGGCCAAAACCCCCAGUUCUCAGUAGAGAAUGCUUAUGGAUCCUCUGAUCCAAGGAUGUUGCCGUUCCGGAUACAAAUCUUCUGAGGCUGCACUUGAUUCUUGACUCAGAGUCCGUCCCAAUUUACUGUAGCCAUAAGGUCUGGAAUAUUACGCCGAGAAGGCAGAUUUAGACUUCCCGUCAUUUUAAUUUAUAUUUCUCCAGACAGGAGUAACGACUUUGACUGGCCUUCGAUAAUGCAAGAUUUAGUGCCUUCAGAAGACUAUAAAUUUAUAGGAGCUCACAGCUAUCCAUUUAUUAUUGAUAAACAAGCCUCGCUAUCAAGAGAAGUUAGCUGAAUGAAUAUCGUCGAAAGUGGGCUAAAAAAUUUCCCUAAAUAUGAAGAAAAUGGCCAAUCAAGCCAUCAGUCAAUUUCUGUUAAAUGCUAUAUGAGAGGAGAAGACUUACAUAAUGGUGUCGAAAGGCAAAUUAAGCAAUUUUACAAUAAAAUUUCUUCACAUUUUAGGCCUGUGUCGUGAGUCGAUAAAUCUUAUCUGAAUUUCUCAUUUUUGGAGGGGAGAGCUGCGAAUCCGAUUUAUAAAAUUGAUAGGAGUGUUACGAUUGCAGCGAAUACGACUGGAAUUUUGACAGCUCUUAGGAGGACAAUUUAUAAUGCAAAGUCAAAAUUUCGUGCUGGGGCAUAUUUGCAUUGGUAUAGCAAAUAUAAUUGUGAAGCUGAAAAAUUUUUGGAAGCGUUUGAUAAAAUUGAUAAUAUAAUAGGGAAUUAUCAGUCAGCGCUGAAGCAUCAUACUGAUAAGAGUCCUCUUCAAAGGUUUUCUGAUAUUUUAGCUGAAAUAUCGCUGCCUCCAGAUGCAGUUGCAGCUUUAACUCCAAGAUUAACAAUAUAA